AUGCCUCUGCGUCCGGCAGCCGGCAAACAUGAGCCACCGAGCCCUCCACGGCAGGACCAGCAGCAGCAGCAGCAGCUCACACACACACACUCACACACACACACACACCCUCACACCCACGCAGCAAACGGCAGCCAGGGGGCCAGCACUGACAGCAGCAGCUCCCGGGAAGAGGAUAGUGGUGUUCCUGUUCCUCACGGUGUUCUGGCUUUCCGUCCCGGUGCAGAGCGUAGCAACAGUGCAAGAGCACCCAUGGAGGAGCCGACAGGCAACACCGUGGUCAUCCGCAUUGGAAUCCCAGACUUACAGCAGACGAAAUGUUUAAAAUUCAAUGUGGAUGCUCCAAUCUGGCUGUCCAAGCAGCGAAUCCUGUGUACUCUCAACCAGAGCCUGAAGGAUGUACUAAACUAUGGCCUAUUCCAGCCGGCAUACAAUGGCAGGGCUGGCAAGUUUCUGGAUGAGGAGAGACGGCUAAGGGAAUACCCCUUCCCAUCCAUUGCUCCUGUACCUUACCUUGAGUUCCGCUAUAAAAGACGUGUCUACACUCAGACCUACCUGGAUGAAAAGCAGUUGUCCAAGCUCCACACCAAGGCAAACCUGAAGAAAUUCAUGGAGUAUGUGCAGCAGAGGAACACUGAAAAGGUCUCAAGGUUCUUGGAAAAAGGCCUUGACCCUAACUUCCAUGACCCAGACACAGGAGAAUGUCCUCUAACGCUAGCAGCACAGCUGGAGGGCUGUGCAGAGCUCAUCAAGGUGCUGAAAAGUGGCGGGGCACAUCUGGACUUCAGAACAAAAGAUGGCAUUACUGCUCUGCACAAGGCCGUGCGCAGCAAGAACCACACAGCGCUCAUAACGCUGUUGGACUUGGGUGCAUCUCCUGACUACAAAGACAGCAGGGGGCUGACUCCUCUCUACCACAGUUCAAUGGUAGGAGGAGAUCCCUACUGCUGUGAGCUGCUGCUGCACGAUCAUGCACAGGUGGGCUGUGUGGACGAGAAUGGCUGGCAGGAGAUACACCAGGCAUGCCGCUAUGGCCAUGUGCAGCAUUUGGAACACCUGCUGUUCUAUGGAGCUGAUAUGAGUGCCCAAAAUGCAUCUGGAAAUACGGCUCUGCAUGUGUGUGCCCUCUACAACCAGGAGAGCUGUGCACGAGUUCUCCUGUUCCGAGGAGCCAAUAAGGAGAUAAAAAACUACAACAGCCAGACGGCUUUUCAGGUGGCUAUUAUAGCUGGAAACUUUGACUUGGCAGAAAUCAUUAAGGUUCACAAAGCAUCAGAUGUUGUGCCUUUCAGGGAGACUCCCUCCUACACCAACCGUCGACGCGUAAUGCCUGGCCCCCUGCCUUCACCCCGUUCCUUGCUUCGCUCUGCAAGUGACAACAACUUGAACGGGGACCACGAUCACAUCCAUGCUCAACCACCCAGAGAAGUCCGUGGCCGACAGGGUCACUCCCCUGUCCCCUCGCUGCGCAGUCUGCCAGCUUUUGGGCAACAGCACAGCAGUCUUGGAGAGAGUCGUCAUGGAGAGAUCCCUGACAGCAGUCUCCAGAGUACUGGCAGCUCCAGAUCCUCCCAUUCCCGCUCGCCUUCACUACAUCACAUGCAUGAAGAUGACAAACCAGUUCCCAGACGAUCCCACAGCCACGGCUACCCUCAUGGGCAUGGCCCUCGUGGAAGACUCAGCCCUGGCUCUGUGCAGAGAGACCCUAGCCCACCUCAUCACACCCCUCCAGUUCUGUCAGGCUCCCGUGGGCCCAAACGGAAACUCUACAGUGCUGUCCCAGGACGUACCUUCAUAGUGGUCAAGCCCUACACGCCACAGGGGGAGGGAGAGAUCCAACUCAACCGUGGAGAACGGGUCAAAGACUAUGACUGUAAUGACGUAGAAGAGGAGCAUCUCUAUGAUGAGAUCAGCCGGGUGAACGAUGACUAUCUGGACUUAGAUGCUGACACUCCAUGCAGUGAAGAUGCUGAUGAUUGCUUUGUUGACACUGAUGAUGAAUAUGAUGAACAUGAAGUGCUGAGUAUUGGGAAAGGAGGUUUCUGGGAAGGCACAGUCAAAGGAAGGACAGGAUGGUUCCCAGCAGACUGCGUGGAAGAAGUCCAGAUGAGACAAUAUGAUCCACGACUAGAGACACGGGAGGACCGUACUAAGAGACUGUUCAGACACUACACUGUGGGAUCUUACGACAACUUCACCUCAUACAGUGACUAUAUCAUAGAGGAGAAGAAUGCUGUUUUACAGAAGAAAGAAAAUGAGGGGUUUGGCUUUGUCCUGCGGGGAGCCAAAGCCGAGACGCCCAUUGAGGAGUUCACCCCCACCCCGGCGUUCCCUGCCCUUCAGUAUCUGGAGUCCGUUGAUGUGGAGGGAGUGGCCUGGAGGGCUGGUCUAAGGACAGGGGACUUCCUCAUUGAGGUAAAUGGGGUGAAUGUAGUGAAGGUGGGCCAUAAGCAGGUGGUAUCCUUGAUCCGGCAAGGGGGCAACAGACUGCUGAUGAAGGUGGUUUCAGUCACUCGCAAACCGGAGUCUGAGGAAGUCGUUCGCAAGAAAGCUCCACCACCACCCAAGAGAGCUCCAAGCACCACCCUGACACUGCGCUCUAAGUCCAUGACCGCUGAGCUGGAGGAACUAGCUUCUGCUCGGAGGAGAAGAGGAGAGAGACUAGAUGAGAUGUUGGCAUCACAGGAGUCUAUGUUGCGUUCUCAGCCCUCGGAGGCAGAUUACAGAGCAGCCACUGUCAAACAACGACCCACCAGCAGGAGAAUAACCCCAGCAGAGAUCAGUUCACUGUUUGAGAGACAAGGAAUGACUCUACAUGGAGGUCUUCAUCCAGGGAUUGAGAGAGGUCAUAUACAACUACCAAAGGGCAUGUCCAGGACCAAGUCUUUUGGUGCCACUGAGGAGGAUCGGCUGUCUGCUCUUGCAGGCGAGCACCGAUUUCCCCGCAGUUCCUCUAUGACAGACAGCCUCCGAGACCACUCACAACCCCAUCCUAUUCCUCCACCUCCACAAACGGCACCUCCUCCUCCUCCUUACUACCUAGACACUGGUCCUCCCCCAGCUUUCUGCCCGCCUCCACCUCCAUCUAGAACACAGAGUCAGGGCCAUGAGCCUGCAGGACGUUCGAGCUUCAAGCCCUCCUCCUUGGACCUGCCUUACGAGGCCGCUCAGCGGCAGGCCACACACAUAGAGAGACAGAAGAAAGCACGCUCCAUGAUCAUCCUGCAGGAUUCUUCUCAUUUACCUGUUGAACCUACAGAAAUUCCACGACCUUCUGCUGCUACUCCACCUGAGCGAAUCAAAAGGAAGGGCCGGGUUAUUGACAACCCUUAUGCUAAUGUGGGUCAGUUUAGCAUUGGACUGUACACACCUACCAAGCCCCAAAGAAAGAAAAGUCCUCUGGUGAAACAGCUACAGGUGGAAGAUGCACAAGAAAAAGCUAGUUUGGCCUUAGCUGCUGCCCACUCACGUGAGAGCUCACCCUCAGGACGACAUCCACAUACUUACGGGCACACACACACCAGCCGUGCAGACUACUAUCAGCAGCAGCUGAUGGCUGAGCGAGAACGUAUGCGUGCCCAAGGAGAGAUGAUGUUUCAGGGCAAGGGCCCCUUUGCCGCUGCAAUUGCUGGAGCUGUAAAGGAUCGUGAGCGUCGCCUAGAAGAACGGAGGAAAUCCACUGUCUUCCUUUCCGUUGGGACCAUGGAGGGGGCAUCUACCACCAGCUCUGAUUCGCCCUCUCUAACUCAAUCUCACUCCAUCGAUGAACGGAUGCUGACACGAGAGCUGGGACAGUUGCCUCCCCCUGCCUUGGCUCUGAGCCCCUCACCUAGUGGGACCACCUUUAUCCAUCCACUUACAGGAAAGCCUCUGGACCCCAAUUCACCACUGGCUCUUGCGCUGGCCGCAAGGGAGAGGGCACUGACCUCCCAGAGCCAGUCCCCAACUAGUAGCCCAGAGCCUCGGACUAAACAAGAGCAAGUAGGCCAGGGUGUAAUAUUCAUUGACACUCAGACCAAAGAGUCUCCACGUGGGGAGGGGGCAGCUACAUCUCCCCCCUUUUCACCUAAAAGCGCCAAGGCAGCGGGGUUUGGGGUUGGAUCCUCCCCAGUAUCAAUUUUAUCCUCACAGCCCACCAAGCCACAGUGGGCUACAUCUUCGUCACCUGUAUCAUUCCGGCAAGAGAUGGAGGCCAGAAUAGAGGAGAGGAAGGAGGAGAAGAGAUUAGAGGAUAAAAAAAGUAUGUUGAUCAGUAUUAUGGAUACAUCACAGCAGAAGACAGCAGGGCUAAUCAUGGUCCAUGCAACCAGUAAUGGACAGGCUGUUGGAGUGGAUUCAGAACAAGAGCAAACACUUGCCCCAGCCUCCAUGGAGCCCAGUAAAUCACCAAGUCCACGCGCUAAAUCCCCCAGUCCCACUGUCUCCCAGCCCCAGGCCCAGCUCCAGCUCCAAGCUCAGCCCCAGACCCUACCCCAAGCUCAGCGUCCUGCCAGUCCAGUCCAAGAGAAGGGUUUGGCUCAGGGAAGCUCAGAGGAGGAUGUGGAUCCAUACACAGUGACCCUGCCCCCUGCCAUGUUAUCCUCCAGUGAUGAGGAAACAAGAGAGGAGCUACGUAAGAUUGGAGUUGUUCCACCACCGGAUGAGUUUGCUAAUGGGCUACAGGCACAGGGGGUGCCAGUGUCUCCAGCUAAACCUGCCGUGUCUCCUGCCGCCCCUGCAACACCAACGCCACAAACACCCUCAACCCCAAUAAUCCCAACUGUAACCCCCACUCAGCCUCCCCAACCCCCACCUCCGCCCAGUGCAGCAGCUGUCUCAGGGAAGCCCUCUGACCCUCUGGAGCCCCCACCGGUGGGUGAAUCUGGCUCUGCGGCUGACUCAGGCGUGGAGGAAGCUGACACACGCAGCUCCAGCGAGAGAGAGCGAGACCACCAUCUCGAGACCACCAGCACCGUCUCCACGGUUUCCAGCAUGUCCACAUUGUCCUCAGAAAGCGGCGAGCCUGCCGACACACACACCACGCACACCUCCUAUGCUGACGGGCAGACUUUUGUGCUCGACAAGCCGCCAGUGCCUCCUAAGCCCCGAAUGAAAUCCCAGAUAGGAGGCAGUAAAGGCCCCGUCACUUUCAGGGACCCUCUGCUGAAGCAGAGCUCUGACAGCGAGCUGCUAUCACAGCAGCAGGCUGCUGCCCUGGCUGCUGCUGCAGCUGGAGGAGCUGGGCUCCCCCCAGGUGGUUCAGCCUCAGUGACUGGUCUAGCCCCCACCAAGCCACGCUACCUCUUCCAGCGGAGGUCCAAGCUGUGGGGGGACCCAGUGGAGCCCCGUGGGCCAGGGGUAGGGCUAGGAAUUGGGAGUUUGGGAAAUCUUGGUGGGCUGGGACUGGGGCUGGGUGCAGAUGAGGGAGCCAAACCAUCUGUUAUGGGAGAGCUCAGUUCACGACUACAGCAGCUAAAUAAAGACACUAGAUCACUGGGAGAGGAACCGCUGGGAGCAUCACUUGAUCCAGGGAGGAAGUCACCUGUGGCAGGUGCCAGAACUGACUGUGCGCCCAGGAGGGCAGGACGACUGUACUUUUCAGCAGCCUAGGUGAGCUCCACACCAUCUCUCAAAGAAGUUACGGAACAACAUACACCAUCCGCCCUGGCAGUCGCUACCCCAUCACCCGACGCACCCCUAGCCCAGGUUCAGGCUCACCUGAUCGGGGUGACCCUCUUGGACGAU